AUGAUUCCUCCAAAACCGACCAGCAACCGACAUUGUCGGUUGCACAAUGUGCAGUUUUACAAUCUGCUGCCCCGUGGUAUCGUUUGCUCCGCGAUCAACGAGCAGCAGCACAAGCUCGCGUUGGCAAGGGACGAUGGGACGAUAGAAAUCUGGAAUAUGGUGCAUGCACCGUUCUUGGAGAAAACGGUCGUUGGGGGCGCCGGCUUGUCGAUCGAGGGCUUGGCGUGGGCCGGUGAACGGCUGUUUUCGGUCAGCCUGGCCGGUACGCUGAUCGAGUGGGACAUGCGGACCGGCGACGGUGGACAUCCGCGCGUGAAACAAUCGGUCCUCGUCACGGGUAACUCGGCGUGGUGCAUUGCCGUAAGCCGGGACGAUCGGUUGCUGGCCGUCGGAACCGAAGGUGGCUACAUCAAUCUGUACCGGUUGGAGAACGACGAGCUGACGUACGAGCGGAUACUGGACAAGCAGGAUGGUCGUAUCGUGUGUUGCCGGUUCAAUCACAGCGGGGACUUCCUGGUGACCGGUUCGGCCGAUGCGGUGCGAGUGUGGGACGUACGGAAAGGCCACGCGGUGCACAAGAUGACGACGGGUCGGUCGGAUCGCGGCACACCGACGAUCGUUUGGGAUGUGGCCGUGCUGAAGGAUUUCACCGUCAUCUCGGUCGAUUCGCGCGGCCGUAUGAUGUUCUUCGAUGGCCACCUGGGGACGGUGCUGGACAAUGUGCCCGUUUCGAAGGCGGACCUCCUGUGUCUGGCGCUGACGGCGGACGAGGAGAAACUGUUUGUCGCCGGGGUCGAGUCGAUCAUCGUCACGUUCCGGCGGAUGGACGGUGAGGGGCUGAAGGAUGGUGCGAAGCGCAAUAACUUUGUGCGAUCCGUCAAUCGUCGGUGUCACACGCACGACAUCAAAACGAUGGCCACGCUCGGUCGAACCGGCCUGGUGUCGGGCGGGAUCGAUGGCACGCUAGCCGUUACGUCCUAUCCACCGUUCCAGGUGGACAAAUACUUGCCCCUGCUGCCCGCUCCGGCAGCAGUCGUGGCCCACGGCAGCCGCACGGUGCUGCUGCGGUACACCAACUACCUCGAAGUGUGGACCCUGGCCCGGCUGACCGAUGACGGCGCGGACAGUAGUGGCGGAAGAAAAAUCCUGCAGAUACGAAGCAAAAACGAUGAACACAUUGUUUGCGCGGCCAUCUCACCGGACGGCCAGUGGAUUGUCUACUCGACCGAAAACACUGUCCGCUUGCUACGCUACACACCGGAUCCGCGGGGCAGCGAUUCCGGCCGAGCGCGCCUGAUGCGCGUCAAAUCCGUCCCGGAACAGUUCGGGCCUGGCUAUCGGGUGGACUUUACGCACGAUUCGGGCAGCCUUUUCCUUUACCAUAGCAACAGAACGAUCACUUUGUUUGCCUGCUUGGAUGACGGCAAAGGAGGUGUCGGGCUGGAGCACACGCAGACCAUCGACGGGUCGCGGUGGCUCUCGGAAGCGGUCCACCUUUCGGCCGUUUCGCAGUGCAACCGAUACCUGGUGUGCGCGGAUACGGCCAGUUCGAUAGUGGUGUUCGAACGCAGUGCUGCCGUUCCGUCUCCGGUGGUGGCCAAAUGGAAACGAUCCAUUUCGCUGCCACGCUACAAGCUUCCGCCGACGGCGAUCGCCAUCCAGCCGGGCAAGACACGGCUCGCCGUUGCGUUCGCCGACCACAAGCUGUUCCUGUACGACUUUGACGAGUUUCAGUUUGUCUUCUCUGCCUACCUCAAGCUGGGCGACGGCGGCGUCGGGAUACCGAACCAUCCGAUCAGUGGCAUUGUGUUCGAUCCGCGCCACGAGUCGGCCAUGCUGCUGAAGAACGAUUCCGACAUUCUGUCUGUGUCUUUUGGGGCCGCCGAUAACGCCGCCGCCGAGCUGGAUGAGCCGCACGCACAGAAACGUAAAUCCCACCACAAGGCGAAUGGAACUGGCGGCCCGUCGAACGGAACGGCGGAUCAAUCGAAACACACGCUAAAAAAGGUUCGAGAGAGCAACCGGCUGGUAAGCAUAGAAUGGUUGGGCGAAAGUGAGCUGGUGGCCAUCGAAGCGAAUGCGCUCGCCCUGAUCGAACAUUUGCCUGGCGCGUUCCGUAAGAAACUGUACGGCAAGGCAUAA